AUGGCUUCUCUGGCUGCUAUAGCACCGGAGAACAACUCUCCUGCUCCUACAAUAACUAAUCCCGAUACCACCAAAGAAAACCCCAAUCCCCAAUCUUACACGAAUGCUAUUAACUCUAUUCCGACAACCCCCAAAAAAUUUGGAGAUUCCAGUGUAAAAGCUCGAGUAUUAUCUCUCAAUGGAGUCCCGGCAAUCAUAUUCAAAGCCAAAUUUUUUUAUGAAGUAAUGGCUACAGAAUGCAAAUUUACUAUUGUAGGUCGAUUUCUAAAGCCAAGACCUCAAAUUGAUCGACUUAGGGCCACUUUUGAAGAAAAAACUCCAUUGAAAGGUACGGUCAUUAUAGGAGUGUAUGAUAAUUAUAAUGUUUUCAUGGAUUUUACUAAUGAGGAAGAUUUUGCCAUUAUUUGGCCCAAAAGAGUAAUGACAAUUGAAGGAAUGCAAAUGUGGAUGACAAAAUGGUCACCGAAAUGGAGACCAGAAAUUGAUAGUCCCAUUAUCCUAGUCUGGGUUCUUUUACCUCAGCUCCCCUUCCAUUGCCAUACUUGGUAUUAUGUUAGACAAACUCUAAGCCCCAUUGAUACCCCUAUUGCUAUGGAUAAUGCCACUAAUGGUAGAACUCGUCCAAGUAUGGCUAAGGUGAGGGUGGAGAUAGACCUUACAAAGCCAAGAAUCAACAAAUUAUGGAUUGGAGCUGAAGAUGAAAACUGCCCUCUUAGAGGAUUCUACCAAAAAAUUGAAUAUGAAGCCAUGCCUAAGUAUUGCACACACUGUUGUUUGUUAGGUCAUGCUAUAGAGGAUUGUAGGGUCCUAGAAAGAAAGAAAAGACAGGAAAAAGAUAACAAAAACACUGGAAAAGGAAAGGAGGACAAGAACAGAAAUUUGGAAGAUUCUAUGGAGAAGCAUGAAGAGGAUGACAAUAGUAAAGGAAUUGAAAGUAAAGAUCAGCAGAAAGAUGACAAGAAUCAGAAGGAGAACAAUAAAAAAUAG